AUGCGUUCUGAAUCUCGUGAAUCCUCUAAAGACCUUCCAUACGAGUCGUCGGUUUCUUUGGACCGGGAUAUGCUUGAAUCUUCAACCGUGGAUUCUGGUUCUUCUACUGCGCUUCCUGGCUGUGCGACCCUUGCUGGUGAAGUGGAUCCAAUCCUUGAAGAUCCUUGGAUGGCCAUGAAACGAAAGGCGAUCCUUAGCGUCCUCAAUCGACCUUCUUCCUAUGCGCGCGGCUUACCUGCCCACAUGCCCGGUUCCUCCUCUCGAUCCGUCCGUGAUCUCAAGAUGAAAGGAAAGCAGCUUGUUCGUGACUGCUCUCCCAUUCCGGCUAACUCACCCGAGCAUCCAGUCAGCCCAAAAACCCGCGCUCCGACUGAUCGGGUUGUGCAUCUGAUCUCCAGGGUUGGACCUGCUUAUCAGAGUCCUUACCCUCCCAGCAAGAGUACGUCUGGGGAACCUAGCUCCGGUGAUGAAGAAUCCACGGUAGGGCCGAUGUCUCCUCGCGACCAUGCUCCACCCGCCUUCAAGCGCUCCCGAAUGGAAUCAGAUCGUCCUUUUUCGCCCUUGAAUACCACCAACUAUCUUGACCUAUCCCCUAGUCAGAUUGAUGAACUUCUCCACGAAGGUAAAGAGUUCCCUACGCGAUUUGUCUACAAUGCUGAGCAGCUCAACGAGAUCGCCCAUUGCUGCUUAAUCGACCUCAUCGACUUCUUCAAUUUCUACGCUCCUGGCUCCCCUCAAGAAGCGUCGGCGCGUGUCCACCUCAUCACCCGGCAUCAAGGGCACUUCAACGUCUUUCUUAAGGCUACGAAGCUCUAG